UAAUUAUCUACAGCUGUUUACCGAGUAAACAGAAUCAUUGGGUAUUUUCCAGCAAGCUUUUUCAAACGAUAGAACAUAGAUCAGAUAAUUAUUCGUAAUCUCACGAAUAAUAAAAAUGAUUCAUUCUUCAAUUUUCAAAUAAUUUCAAAUCAUCAUCUUUCAUCAUUUCUGAGUAGAUUGAUACAUUUAAAUUUAUUUCAAAUGACGAAGCAAAUAAAAAAUUAAAACUUAAAUUUUGAGUACCCUCUUCAUAAAUUCAAUUGGCUAAUAAGAUUAAUCAUAACGAAGCAAUAAGAAAAUCUCUACGCUUGAUAACAGAAGAUGAAUCAUACAAAUUGAAAGGAAAGAUCGUUCAGAACUAGCAUUCAUCGGACAAAGCGAAUCUCCCUGUCGAAACGUAUCAACCCCGAAGACUCAACAAUUCACCCUUAUCUCGGUGUCUAAUUAAUCCCCGGCUCGGUCGGCGCGAUUAACGAGGCAGCAAACGAAGCUGCCAGUAACCACGAAGAGAGCGUAGACGAAAAGAAGUGUAUACGGAGGGUGAGAAAGUGGUAUGGCGCGGGUGAUGAAGAAAAGGUGAAACAGGGGUGGUAGUUGAGCGUAGUGCGCGUGUCCGUAGCCGAUGCGUGCUCGUUCCUCUCGACGCUCCGGGUCGCAGCGAAUCGUCGCAAACUCCUACCCGGUUACCCUGUUCUCCCUGCUUCCGAUGCAGCCCUGAGACGGUGUUAGUCGCGCCGCGAACAGCAUACCACGUCCGUCGCGAAACGAUCGUCCGUAGCUGAAAAUGAAGCAGGUGCGUCCACCUCGAAGAAACGAAUUAUGAUACACGUGUCGUCGGAGAACGCUCAACGAUACGACCGGGUGAAGCGGAAGGGCGCAGCGUUUCUCUCAAACUUUUUUAAAUCGAAAAAAUUCACGUUAGGGAUGAAGAUCAACGAGGACGAAGAGAUGGAACGUGCUCCAAAAGUCGAGACCCCGGCGAUCAUCACGAACGCUUGCAGGCGUAGCGGUAGCGAGAAUGACACCCAGGUGUCGAGAAUUCCGUCGACCUUGAGCGUGGCAGCCGUUGAUGUGGUCGUUGCUUGUCAGCCAUCACCAUCGCACUCUAUUUUAACCUUGACACCUGGUAGAACGCGGAACAUCGAUCAGGACAUGGAGGCACUUAGGCUCAGCCGGCAGGAUAACCCUUUCCUACAGGUACUAGCCAGUCGGGAAAGCCUGGUCGAGUCCCUGGAAGAGUCUGAGUCAGACGACGCCAUUCUGAUGUCUCAGGAAUUGGGUGAUACAGACCCUUUGACAUUAGCACAGGUGCACGAACACCUGGUACGUAGUCCACCACCGGCUUCCUGGCCGCACACGACAGCCUUUCAUUUUCCACAUCAGAAUCAGAACAUGUCCGAUAAGAAUGACGUCCUGGCACAUUAUAAGAGUCCGUCGAAGAUACCGAUAUAUUCAGGCAACGAUCAGGAGCUGUCCAGAAGCGAACCAUCCACGGAUAUCAGAGAUCGCCAUUCGCAUACAUUUUCUUUAUUGCAUCCAACGCCGAUUCGUUCAUUGUCGGAUGUUCGGCGACUUCAUAGAUCGGCGGAUGACAGCGUGCAGCUGAUGUCCAGCGAAUAAGACGAGUAAAGAUUCCGGUCCGCGACCCGGACAAAAUGGUUUCUCGUGUUCAGAAAAAGAAGAAAGCGUACUUUGUCUACGUAAAGACGCCUGUAAAAGUUUCCGGAGGAUUUCUGAGGAGUGUGUAGCCGCACAGAAACGGCACCUGAGAGCGUGUCGAGGCAGGUUCACGUAUAAUUGAAGUGAGUUGAAUGAAUUCUACUUCUUCGAGAAUCGCAUCGAAGUUGACGAUGUCGAAAAGGGUUGUUAUAAACAGAGCUAGAUCAAGGUUUUAUCGUUGUUGCGAAAAACGUGCUGUGUUUCGAGAGUUGUGUACCGUACUGAUAAAGAAUAGAUUUUUUAGGUUAUCUUUUUAUUCGCAUCGCACGGGAUGCUGUUUCCAUCGAGACGAGUAUCCCUAGUGCUUUUCGUAUAUCGCGAAAUUUUAAACGCCAAGAUGCGCAUUGUAAAGAGGAAAAUAUUGUCAAACAGCCUUAAACAUUUUGGUAUCACGGACUUAAAUGAAUAAGUACCUAUAAACGAAUACGUUUAGUACUAGCGGUAUACGCAUAUACGGGCUUCUGAUAAACAGUCAAUGCAUUAAAAUUGUAGGUAAUUCGCACGCGAUUCUUACAACACUUGUGACCCUUUCUAACAGAGAAAGUAACUUUUCCUUUUCGUUCAUCUUUUCAUGUCAAAGUCCACAAAGUAACGAAUAAUGUAUUAUUCGAAGCACAAAAGUUGUAAUUGAAAAUUUGAUCACGGGAUCAAGCGUGAGUAUCAUUGUUUUAACUAAUUACUACGGCAUGAAAUUUAAUUAUACUCGCUCGCACACUCAAACUUCAGACUUGUAAUCAGAAAAUGCAUAUACUGCCAAAGUGCGUAAAUAUUUUUGCCCAACGGUAAAAAUUCUAGGCAUUGAUCCAUUAAGGAAUUUACUUUGAGAAAGUUGCAAGUUAAUGAGCGAGUGUAACCUGAAAAUUUCAUGUGGCAAUUAAACUCGAUUUUGUUUGCGAAAUGACAAUAUGACGCUAUUACCAACCAAGCCUAGCAUACAAGUAUUGAUUGCUACCCAACACAUGAACAGGCAGGCCUACGUUCGACUGCAGAUAGUUAUCGUUUAUUGUCAGUCAAAUCGAGAAAUUUACAGCGAUGUUUUUUCACUAUAACGCCGAAUGAUUAGGGAAAUCUCAUGCGCGCGUGUUUCAAGUCAAUUCACGUAUACAAAUACGCGUGUUUAUUUCUAAUGAGUUUCACUCACGAAAGUAUGUACGAGGGACAGUCGUAAAGCACUGCUUUACGACUGCUUGUUUUAUAAUAAUCACGAUACUAGUCACGAGUACUUGAUUAAUAUUAUCGAUUUGUUGUUCACUUAAUAAUUCUAUUUUUGAUUAAUUGAACCUUAUUGGAAACUUUAUAUUUAAUUAAUUGUUAAAGGAUGAUUAAGUUAUGAAACUAAACACAGCUUAAUUAUUUUCAUUUACAUCUUAAUUUGCAUUUUAAGAUCUUUCGAAAUUAGCAACAGGUGUCACUUUGUAAUUAUGCCGUUAAAAUCCUACUUACGCACUUAAUAAGUUAUUAGCUCUUAAUUUAUCGUAUCUAUUUAAAAAAUACCACAUGUUUUUCUAACCUAACUAUAACAAUUCGUUGCAAGGAUUCUUAAAUUAAAACUUUCGCAAAAAAUAAUCUUUCCAUUAUGUCAUCAGUAAUCAGCUGACGACUAUUAAUUAUUAAGCGGUAAAUUUAAUUAUAGUUGCGUUAGUUACGGGUAACAUUCUGCACAAAUUAUUGUUUAUUUAUUAUAACAGUUUAUUUUUAAUGCCGUAUAUUUUUCGGAUAAAAAUCAUAGCGCUAAUUAUGCGCCAAGUGUACAGGCCUGAAUACAAUAUAACAAAGUAAAAAUAAUCAUAGGUUAAGCAUCUGUUUUUACACAAAUCAGAAGAGAAGAUACGGUUGUCAAUUCUUCAAAGAUUAAUUUACGUUGCUCGAGGAUAGUUCACUUUCAGAGUUGAAAGUAUUUCUUUAAUAUUGCAACAUUAUUUGAAAGGAGCACAAAUACUAUUCCGCCGCACAUAACCUGUACAUUAUUCGCAUUGUUUUACAAAUUUGUCGACAGUCUGAUCUCUCGAAGGGUGAAUUUAUUGUUUCACUUGCUGAAUCAGAGUCGCAAAUGGCCAGAUAACAUCAACGGCAAUGUUGAUGCAAUUUUACCAGGGUUUAUACGAAACUUUCAAAGCGAUAGCAUGUAAGAAAACUAAAAAGGAUCUAGAAAAUUAUGACAAUUAUUACUAUUACUAUUAUAGUGUCCAAUUGACUUGGCCAUUGAGAAUUGAGAUUAUUUCUAUCGCAUGUAAUACUAUUAGAGGCAUUGUACACGUGCAUUAGAAAUUCGAAACGAGUUGAAAAAUCUUUGAUCGAAAGCCAAACGAGCGAAAACAUGAAAAAUGCAAAAAAACUAGUAGAGAGACUUAUUAUAAUUAUAAUCUAGUCGAAUACAAUGUAUACCGCAGUCCACCAGUGUCCAUAACUGCGAAAAGACCAGUUUUCGUUCUUCGCGCAUCUCCAGUACGCAUCUUCGCCCUGAUUGGCGAUAUUCC